AAAGCGGGGGACAGGACAGGAAGUGGUGUAACCGGCUUCCGGUUGGCCGGAUCCCAGCGACGGGUGUGAGAGUCAGUCCAGGAGCCGCUUCCAGGAUCCGGAGAAGCCGGGGUCGGAGUGGGGUGUCAUAACAGAAUACCAGAGGCUGGAUGGCUUAAACAACAGAAAAUUUUUUCUCCCAGUUUUGUAGGCUGGAAGUCCAAGAUCAAGGUGCCUCGAUCAAGCAGGGUUGAUUUCUGCUCCUCAAGAUUUACUGAUCUAUGAAAUGGCAGAGAAUGGAAAAAAUUGUGACCAGAGGCGUGUAGCAAUGAACAAGGAACAACAUAAUGGAAAUUUCACAGACCCCUCUUCAAUGAAUGAAAAGAAGAGGAAGGAGCGGGAAGAAAGGCAGAAUAUUGUCCUGUGGAGACAGCCACUCAUUACCUUGCAGUAUUUUUCUCUGGAAACCCUUGUAAUCUUGAAGGAAUGGACCUCAAAAUUAUGGCAUCGUCAAAGCAUUGUGGUGUCUUUUUUACUGCUGCUUGCUGUGCUUACAGCUACGUAUUAUGUUGAAGGAGCACAUCAACAGUAUGUGCAACGUAUAGAGAAACAAUUUCUUCUGUAUGCCUACUGGAUAGGCUUAGGAAUUUUGUCUUCUGUUGGGCUUGGAACAGGGCUGCACACCUUUCUGCUUUAUCUGGGUCCACAUAUAGCCUCAGUUACAUUAGCUGCUUAUGAAUGCAAUUCAGUUAAUUUCCCUGAACCACCCUAUCCUGAUCAGAUUAUUUGUCCAGAUGAAGAGGGCCCUGAAGGAACCAUUUCUUUGUGGAGUAUCAUCUCAAAAGUUAGGAUUGAAGCCUGCAUGUGGGGUAUUGGUACAGCAAUUGGAGAGUUGCCUCCAUAUUUCAUGGCCAGAGCAGCUCGCCUCUCAGGUGCUGAGCCAGAUGAUGAAGAGUAUCAGGAAUUUGAAGAGAUGCUGGAACAUGCAGAGUCUGCACAAGACUUUGCCUCCCGGGCCAAACUGGCAGUUCAAAACCUAGUACAGAAGGUUGGAUUUUUUGGAAUUUUGGCCUGUGCUUCAAUUCCAAAUCCUCUAUUUGAUCUGGCUGGAAUAACAUGUGGACACUUUCUAGUACCUUUUUGGACCUUCUUUGGUGCAACCCUAAUUGGAAAAGCAAUAAUUAAAAUGCAUAUUCAGAAAAUUUUUGUUAUAAUAACAUUCAGCAAGCACAUAGUGGAGCAAAUGGUGGCUUUCAUUGGUGCUGUCCCCGGCAUAGGUCCAUCUCUGCAGAAGCCAUUUCAGGAGUAUCUGGAGGCUCAACGGCAGAAGCUUCACCACAAAAGUGAAAUGGGCACACCACAGGGAGAAAACUGGCUGUCCUGGAUGUUUGAAAAGUUGGUAGUUGUGAUGGUGUGUUACUUCAUUCUAUCCAUUAUUAACUCCAUGGCACAAAGUUACGCCAAACGAAUCCAGCAGCGGUUGAACUCAGAGGAGAAAACAAAAUAAGCAGAGAAAGUUUUAAACUGCAGAAAUUGGAGUGGAUGGGUUCUGCCUUAAAUUGGGAGGACUCCAAGCCAGGAAGCAAAAUUCCCUUUUCCAACCUCCAUCAAUUUUUAAAACUUUUUUCCUGAAAGCAAUUUAGUCCAUACUUUGCACUGACAUACUUUUUCCUUUGUGUCCUAAGGUAAGGUAUCCACCCUCAAUCCAAUCCACCUUGUGUUUUCUUAGCGUGGGCUGUGAUGUGCAGCAGCAAACUUUGCAACAGAGACUGGCCUUCUGUUUGUUACUUUGAAAAGGCCCGCAAGAUACAAUUGGAGAAUUCCCACCACACAGAAAAAGUUCCUAAGUAUGUGAAAUAUGUCAAGCUUUUUAGGCUUGUCACAAAUGAUUGCUUUGUUUUCCUAAGUCAUCAAAAUGUAUAUAAGUUACCUAGACUGGAUAACAGUCUUGCAUGUUUAUCAUGUUUCAAUUUAGUAUUCCAUACUGCCCAACCCUCUCCCACCCUCAAAAGAGGGCCAUUUUAUGAUGCAUUGCACACCCUCUGGGGAAAUUGAUCUUUAAAUUUCGAGACAGUAUAAGGAAAAUCUGGUUGGUGUCUUACAAGUGAGCUGACACCAUUUUUUAUUCUGUAUAUUUAGAAUGAAGUCUUGAAAAAACUUUAUAAAGACAUCUUUGAUCAUUCCAAAA